AACAACCUAAAAUCUAAAAUAGUAAAAUCUCUGGCCAGUCCGUGUCCGCCCCAUUUCCCCUGCGAAGUGCGAAUAGCGAACAGAGAAUCUGCGAUUUCUGCCUCCCCUACCAGCAGCAACCCCCUAAAUCCUAAAUUCUAAACCCUAAUUCAGUCGACCUUCUUCCUCCGUCCACAUAGUCGCACUUCCCUGAAGAUCGUCGACAAGAGGCUCCGAAACUGUAUCUAUAUCAAGGCAAGAAAGAAUGAUCAUUACACUACAUGAUGUUAAAGAUGAAAUAUUUUCUUCUGUCCUGAAGAUAUGCUGUCUUUUUCUAAAAUUCAGUUUGAGCUUGCAGACAUUUGCUUGGAACUAAGAGUUGGGGUAAUGGCUACUAAGCGGAAUAUUCGUUACAGCCGGCUUGCUGCUGAUGAAGAUGAUGAAUAUGGCAGUGAGGCAAGACGAGCUGACCACCGAUUUGACUAUUCACCAAAAUCUUUUGAGCAAGUUCCAUGGAAGUCCCUUGCCCUUGCAAUUUUUCUGCUAUUUCUUGGAUGUCUUCUUCUCUUUCUGUCAUUCUUCAUCCUCACCGGUCAUAUGCCAGGUGAACGGUCCCAAGCAUAUGGUCUUUUAGGACUGGGGUUAUUAACCUUUCUCCCAGGAUUUUAUGAGACACGCAUCGCUUAUUAUUCUUGGAGAGGUGCUCAAGGUUACAGAUUUUCUGCAAUCCCUACCUACUGAGCAUGUUUUUAUGACGUUUGAGUUGCUGUACUUAUUUUCUCUACGCAGUACGCACAUCAUCUCUGUUAUAUAUAUGCUACGCCCUCCUAUCCACCCUUCUUUCCUCUUGUUUACAGAUUGUGUUAUACUGCAAUGUAUUCAACUAUUCGAAUCUUGGCUUUUAGAUGAUGAAAGUAUUGUUUCAGAUAGUGUUCUUCAAUAUUCAACAUGGAAUAGCUUUGGCUAAUAUGUGAUUGGAGUUGAGAUGUACUUGUGUUAACUCAUUGUUGCUAGGACAUCUGAAAUGUUUUGUAUUAUAAUGAGUUAAAUCAAGUGUGAACUAUUCAAUUUAACAUGUGUAAUGUUUUCAACAUUAUAUUAUAUAUCAUCCUCUGCAACUUCUUGUA